GCCGCUUCCUGUCUGUUUCGUCUCGAAGCCGCUUCCCUCUCCGGGCCCCCUGGACUCCAGUACACCAUCCUUGGCUUGGCACACUGCACCUCUCCCGGUUUCCGCUCCUCUCUGCUAGCGAAUGAACCAAGGACAGUUUUCCCUCCCUCCUCCGCCCAGUUCGCACUCCACAGUGGUCGACAAUAACCCCAGCAUGGCCGGCAACCCUCUGCUCAUGAAUGGCUCAGGGCUCGCGAUCGGUGCAAUGUCCUCCGCCGACGCCAUGGCCUUUCUUCCACAACAACAGCAACAGCUACAGCAGUUUCAACAGCAGCAGCAGCAGCAACAGCAACAGCAGCAGCAACACCAGCAGCCGCAGAGCAUGCUCCAGCAAUUUAAUGCCAACCAGAUCUCGCAACAGCACUUCCAACAGCAACAACAGCAACAACAGCAACAACAGCAACAGCAGCAACAGCAGCAACAACAGCAGCAAUUUCAUUCUCAGCAGCUAUCUGCUCUGCAUCCCUCUCAGCUACAGCAGAUUCGUAUGUUGCAGCAGCAGCAUCAGCAUGAAAAGAGUCAGCAUCAGUUGAGCCUCCAACAGCUGCAGCACCGUCACAUACAGCAGAUGUACCAACAGCGUCCACAAAUCCACCAACAAGUUGCCCAACUUCAGCCGCAGCACCUUCAGCAACAUCUCCAACAGCCGCAGCUUCAACAGCUCCAACAACAACAGCAACCCCAGCAGCAACCCCAGCAGCAGCCUCAGCAGCAGCUUCAGCCCCAACAACCAAAUCAACCCUUCAAGCCACAAAAACUCUUGCACGACGACCCCGCUCAUGCUGCCGACACUCCCUCCGACCCAUCUAUAAAGCUGCUCGAUCCGGCGCUCCUCAGUGCCCAGCCUACGGCUAUGGCCGAAGCCGAUGCCCACGACCCAAACCUUGGGAGGAACCCAAUGCCGACGCCCGCAACGUCGUCGGCUGUCGGGUUGCCGUCCUCGAUUGCUGCGCCGGGUGCUUCGUUGCAGGCCACUAAUCCCUCGCCAAUCCCGCUGCCAAAUGGCUUGAUGGUUCAGACGGUCCUCGCUCAGUCGGCGCUGGGUCAGCCCGGCCACCAAGCCGUUCUUGGUAUCGCCGGCAACCCUUUGAUCGGCCAUCCUGUCGGUGCCGCUGCCACCGCGCAAUCUACCUUCUUUUCCCCAGAGCCGGACACCGGCCUGGGCCGGAUCGCCUUUUCCGAUGAACACAUGAAAUUCCUGAAUGCUUCAAUCUACGACUAUCUGGCCAAGCACAAAUGCCCCCGUUCUGCUACUCUCCUUGCUGAGGAGUCCAACAUACCGGCCGAACUCAUUACCGGGCAGAAUCCUUUCGUCGACCAACUCCCGGAGCUGUGGGCAAUCUACUACGAGUUGCGCAAGUCCGGAAUCAUCCAUACCCCUCUUGAGCUGGCCGGCCUGAUUUCAGAGGUUCGAGCGUCACUCCAAGGUCGAAACUUUCUUGUCCGUCAGCGGAAUGCCAUGGCACUGCGGCAGAGGCAACAGCAACAACAACAACAACAACAACAACCGCAACAUCAACAGCAGCAGCAGCAACAGCAGCAACAGCAUCCUUCGCCGCUCGCGUUGUCCGCACAAAUGCUUCAGCAGGUCCAACUUUCCCAGCAAGCCUCGCCGCAGCCGCUGAACCAACAGCUACAAUCGCAGUUGCAGUCCCCGGCCCCGACUCAUCAGCAGCUACAUCUCCCACAAGGCGUCGUCAACGUAAAUCCUGUCCAGCCGGGAGUGUUCCCAUAUGUCAAUCCGGUGGCUGUACCGAUGGUACCCGGAGAUCGCACCGGUGCUCGCAUGGUCCCUGGAGGCGGCCCUAAUCCCAUACUGGGCGGAACGCCUCCGAUCGUGGGUGCAUCUGGCAUCGCUGUCUCUCGCCCCGGUACGCCUGGAGCCAAUGCAGCGGAGUUGUCCGCCUUCGCCUCUGCUGCCGCCAAUUCCAUGAACCAGGGUCUGAGGGCAGCGGCGUUGGCCCAGCACGCCGCGGGAGCACAGGGUCCUGUGGCCCAUAUGUCCAUGGCCGAGGCAAUGGGGAUGCGCCGUGAUGACAUCAUACAGAGCAUGAACGAGCUGGGCCUGUCCAAUAUGCGGGUCGAGGAUCUCAGCAGCGAGCAGAAAGCUCGGAUCGUCCACCACUUUAACGAAAAGAACGGACACGGAAGAGGGGCCCUGGUACGAAGCAACUCCCAGCCGAUCCCUGGCGCCAUUCAGCCUGAUGCAGCGCAUCCUCAAGGCCAGAUUCGGCAUGCUGGUGACGCAGUUGUUGCAGACAACCGGAUGUCGGCGACGCCUAUGAGUCAGCAAAACGCUCUGGCUGGCAACAUGCCGGCGGAGAAGCGUCAGAGGAACAACAGUAUUGGGAGCUUCAGUCCAUCCCCAAGCGUCGUCCCUGGACGGCAAAGUCCCAUUGUCACGAGCGCUCAGCUUCAAGGCAUCGGUAUCCGUCAGAGUCCGAUUGUUCCAAAUGCCAUGCUCGAGGGAUCCAACGUCAAUGCGGCCGUGAUGAUGAACUCGUCGCCGCUCGUGAGCCAGCAGCAGCUCAUGGGUGGGAUUGCCGCUCCUGGACAGCCGCUCAUGGCCCAUGUGAAAGGCAACCCUGCCUUUGCGAUGCACGCCCAACGCCAGCCUCCCGUGAACUAUCUCCAGCAGAAAGUGCAGCUGCAGCAACAGAUGGGCAUGCCUGGCAUGGGCGCAGUGCCUGCUGGGCAGCCGCCAUCGAUGCGAAGGGCUCCGAGUGAGACCAUCCAGUCCGACGGUAUGAGGCGAGCCGUGGCCGCCCAGAUGGACAGUGCCCAGCCAACGGUAAUGCAAAACGUGAUGGGCACGCAGCCAUCGUCCCCCGUCGUUGACCCGUCGUCGCUACAGUCCUCGCAGCAGUCCACGCCGCAAAUGCCUUCGUCUGUUCUCAAAUCGUCGUUCUCCAAUCAGCGCACCUUUUCGAUUCCCCCUCAGUCUCCCCAGUCCCAUUCGUCGUCGCUGCCGACGUCGCAACCGGCAACGCCGCAACAACUGGGCGGCGCCGCUGGCUUUGGUCUGGCCCGUGCAAAUCUUGACGGCAGCGUCCACGCUAUGGGUCAGAAUGCCGCAGCAGUGAGCGCUCUCAACAUGAGCCGAGCCGUAUCCUCGCCGCCUGUCCACCCGUCCAGCCUGCACGGCGCACCAAGUUCACAGCCUCCGUCGUUACUGUCUCAGUCGUCCCUGCCGGGCUCGGUCUCUAUGAUGUCUAUGAAGAAGGAUCCUGGCAGCGCCGAAGACUCGGCCGAGAGCUCCUCCACCAGCGAUUUAUUGUCGGUCUUUACGGCGAAUGUCAAGUCUGAGAUUGGCGAUGGCUCGCUCGGAACACAAGAUAUUUCUGGCGGUUCAAAUGCAAACAAGGCCAUGGACAUGAUGGUCGACUCUAAAUUCCCUCAGCCGGGCCUGCCUUCGCUCGCCGAAUCAACAAAGGACAUCCAGAAGAAGGCCCAGGACGAAAUGAAUCGUCUCCGGCUCUACCCCAACCCGACUGCCCCGAUGUCUGCGGGCUCUAUCACAAGCCCUCCCGUGGCACCCCGAACAGGCUCUACAGACAACCUGGCUGGCCACAUGUCCCUGAAGCGCAAGGCAGGCACCGAGGAGCCGACCACACCAACCCUCACCGAGCCCGGUAUCAAAUCUGGACAGGCGCUGCCUGGGCGCCAGAACACUUCGCCGUCAGAACAGACGCCCAACGAGUGUAUCAUGGCCGCCCAGCAGCACAGCGCUACCCAGCAAAAUCGGCUGCGCGAGAUGCUCGCCUCUCCCAACACCACCAACAGCGCCCUCGGCAUGGUUGUCCACGGCCCUGCUAACAUGAUGGCCCAGGGCAACCCAUCGCUGGCAGGGCCGGUGAGGCCGCCAAUGGUGAUUGGCAACCCCAUGGGCGUGCCGAUGCCGGGCAUGGUGCCCCCUCCCGGAAGCUAUGUCCGCCCCGGCAUCGCAGGCAUGAUGAACGCAACGGCGCCGGCAACGCCCGGCAACGUGAUUCACAUGAUUCCCGGUGCUCGUCCUAUGAUUGUUCGUGGCCCGGCGAACGGCCCGCAGUAUGCCAUCGGCCGCGGCAUGGCCAUGGCGAUGCCAGGUGCCGUCAGCAGCCCCGAGAUCCAGCGCAUGGUGGCCAUGGGCCAGCCUGGGAUGCAGCCUCGGUUUCGACCCGCAAUGAUGAUGCGGCCCCCGCCUGGCGGCUCACAUAUGCCCGGUGUAGCCGGUCCACAGCGGCCGCCACAGCAGCCUUCUAUGCGCCUCCCUCCCGGAAUGAUCGUCAACAGUGCCGCGCGGCCCAUGCCUGUUCCACCGACACAUCCGUCCGCGGUCGGACAUGAUACCUCUUCGCCGCAGCUCACUGCCGCCCAGCUCGCGAAUCGGCAGUCUGGCGCUGCCGACACCCCACCCCAGCCAAGCCAGGCACCGUCGGAAAACAGCACCGGUGCCAACACCCCCACAUCCAGCACCGAUGCUGCGGCGCCACCGCCGCCACCUGCAUCAAAACCACAAAAGCUAACGAAGCGGCAGCAGCAGCAACAGCAAAAGCAACUGCUGCAGCAACAAAAGCAGCAGCAACUGGAACAACAGCAGCAACUGGACCAGCAGAAGCACAAGCAGCAGCUCGAGCAGCAGCCGUUGGAACAGUUGGAGCCGCAGCCGCAAGAACCGUUGGAGCCGUUAGAGUCGCGCCAAAAUUCAGCGCUGCCGAAUUCGCAGGAUCCCCUGCUCUCCAAUCCGACAAACGAGCCGCACGAAGAUAUGCUGGAUCCCACAUCCCAGAAUGUCGGCGAAUCUGGCGGCGAUCCCAUGGACGGAUCGCUUUCCGGGGACCGCGGACUGGACUUGGGCUUGACCGAUACAGGCAUGCUGGAUGACAACAUUUUUGGAGACUGGAACGGCAACGGCAUCAACGACUUUCUUUCGUCUGUCUUUGACAGCAACGGCCCGGCCGACCUUGAAGGUCUGAACGAUGAUGGUGUUGGCGGCAACUUUGGGUUCUGAGGCGCAAUUCCGUGCGGAGGCGGCAAGCUCCUGGGACAAGUUCUGGGGGGGGGGAAGCAAUGACGGAGCGGAAAUCUGG